AUGUCCGCCUUAUCCAAGGUCGGCAUUGCGACGAGAACUCUAUUCGAUUUCCUGAAGCAUGUCUCUCAGAAGCAGACUGAAGAUCCGACAGACUGGGAUGGCUGGUGGUGGGUGGGUGCCUUACGUAUCCAGCAAAAAGACGGGGAUGAAGAGAAGGCCAGCCAAAUUGAGGGCAUGUGCCAAACCCAUGCCGAUGCGCUGCAGACCAUUCUGUGGCUCGGGCCUGGUAAUGUGGAGUCAACAAGAGAGAUGGAAUCGUUGCAACGCGUCCUAAGAUCACACGACUCUAAUACUUCUAAUGAUGCCCUUAAAGAAAUACACGACUUAGUGUUUGCCGAUCCAUGUAUGAUUGCAGCUGUGGAUAAAGCUUUCGGAAACGCAUAUUGGACGCGUGUCUGGGAUUCUGCAAGAGCUUGCGGUUUCUGA